GUCCCUGAGUGACUGAAAAACCACCCCUUGCCAACGGACAUUGGACAAGUACAUGAGCAAGAAAUAAACUUUCAUAUGCGAAGCCGUCAGAGAUGUCAGGCUGAUGAGGCGGGUGAAACUCUGCAAGCCCAAGUACCCAGGAGAAGAGGAGACACAAGAAGCCAAGGGGUUUGGAGCCACCUGCCCGUCCCUCUCCACCUUCUACUUCCUUUUUGUUGUCUUUGUGGUGUCCACCAUCUUCCACUGCCACCGGCGCCUGGCUCUGGUACCUGCCCCAUGGGCAUAUUCAGCCCAGGUGGUUGUGGUCCCCAGACACCACCCCCAGGAGGGCAUGUUCACUAUCAACUCCAAAGGCCGCCUGGGGAACCAGAUGGGCCAGUACGCCACACUGUAUGCCCUCGCCAAGCUCAAUGGGCGGCCCGCCUACGUCCCCGCGCAGAUGCACAGCACGCUGGCCCCCAUCUUCAGGAUCACGCUGCCCGUCCUGCACAGUGUCACGGCCCGGAGCGUCCCGUGGCAGAACUACCACCUCAACGACUGGAUGGAGGAGCAGUACCGCCACAUCCCGGGGCGCUACGUCCGCCUCACGGGCUACCCCUGCUCCUGGACCUUCUACCACCACCUGCGCCAGGAGAUCCUGCAGGAGUUCAGCCUGCACGAGCACGUGCGCGAGGAGGCCCAGCAGUUCCUCCAGGCCCUGCAGGCCUCGCAGGCCUGGCGGAUGACCUUUGUGGGGGUGCACGUGCGCCGGGGGGACUACAUUCGUGUCAUGCCGCAGGUGUGGAAGGGCGUGCUGGCCGACAGAGGCUACCUGCAGCAGGCCCUGGACUGGUUCCGAGCCCGCUACCAUUCCCCACUCUUCGUGGUCACCAGUGACGACAUGGCCUGGUGCCGGCAGAGCAUCGACAGCUCUCGUGGAGACGUGGUGUUUGCUGGCAACGGCCUUCAAGGCUCCCCCGCUAAGGACUUUGCGCUGCUCACACAGUGCAACCACAGCAUCAUCACCGUGGGCACCUUCGGGAUCUGGGCCGCCUAUCUUACAGGUGGGGACACUGUCUACUUGGCCAACUUCACCCUGCCCAACUCCCCCUUCCAUAUGGUCUUUAAGCCACAGGCAGCUUUCCUGCCAGAAUGGGUGGGCAUUGCUGCCGACCUCAGACAGGCCCAGCAGAGCAGCCUCUAGGCCUGCUUACCCCUCCCUGCCUGGGCCUCUGGGGUGAGUUGUGGGGGAGAUUGCAAUUCAGAAUGUUGGAAUCCACGUGGUAUUUGAAUUUGCCUUUUCUACUUCAUAGCUGAGUGACCUUGGACAAAUGUCUUCAUCUUUCUGUGCCUUAGUGUGGCACCUUGAAGAUGAACGCAGGCAGAACUUAGCAGUAACACAUGAGAAUCCACAAGUUCAUGUAGGGCUCUUGCUUAUGAAUCGUGGGAUGUGUGGGUAUGGGAAGGUCCUGGUUGCUGAGGGCCAGUGGAUCACACCCACUCACCAGGUAUGUGGCCUGACUAGUGCCUGGAGCGCUCUCACACGGAACCUUACUUUGUUGCAGCACUGGUAGCAUGGAGUCCCCAUGUUCCAUAUCAGAUCCUAGGGCGUUCCGUGGAGGCCAUUCCUGCCCUGGAGCUCCAGGAACUCAAGGCUUUGCAUCUGUGGGCCUUCCCAUGAUGGAAUGCAAGGGAUGGCAGGAUGCAGUACUGGGUCUUGGAGGUGUCCUCAGUGGGGAGGCUGUUCCCUUGCAGGGCGGCCGAUCCAGGGCGAGAAUGCCUCACCUUGGCAGCCCCGGCCACAAAGACACGGGGUGCACAUUGCCAUGGGUGACAGCCUGACCCCAAAGGGCUAUGGAGACUAGACCACGGCCAUCUCAGCAGCUGCCUACAGACACGGUGACUGGCAACAGAUGCCUCGCCCCUGCUCUGCCUAAGCCCCUGGGACCUCACUGCCACUCUGAGCAAUCCCAGCGUGGCCUGCCCAGGCCUGUCUUCCAUUGCUGUAACUGAGGGUCAUAGACUGGGAAGAUUAUAAAGAAGGCAGUUUCUCGAGGCCCAAAGGCCUAUAAUAUAGUGCUGGCAACUGCUUGCAGCUGGGUCAUGACAUGGCAGGACUGAAGGUCCUGGCUCAGGUCUGCCCUUUUGUGAAGCCACGGUCCCCUGGGAUUGGCCCUUUGUCCUGUGACCUCUUACCUCAAUUGCCUUCCAAAGGUCCCACCCCCAGGCUCAUAGCAAGCUUGAAUUCCCCACUCUCCUCCCUCACAAUAAGGAGUAACUUGCCACCCAGAGUCUUGGUGGGGACAUUCCAACCAUAGCACAGACAGAAGUGGGGUUAGGUGACUACACAGCUGGUUUUCCUGUAUUCAGUGUUGUUUUUUUUUAAUAGGAAUUUUAUUUUUACUUUUUUCCCAUACUUAUAUUGGUGCAUUAUAGUUGUACAUAAGUUCAGUGUAUUUUAAAACAUGGAGAUGCCAGAAUGUUAUUGGUGUAAUGCUCCUUUAUGGGUAUUUUAAAAAUCAUAACAAAAUCAUUUGCAUUCACUUAAAAUUCCUACCAGGUGUAG